AUGAUCGAGAGUACGCGGUCCGUCGGUGACUCCAGCUGGGACAGCCAUCGGCAGACGAACCGCGUGGGCGGCAUCGUCAUCAGGGACGUAGACAUUCAUGGCAGUCUGACGACGAAGCAGGACGAUAAGGUUAACAUCAGUGACGCGAGCGGCGAGGUCAACAUGCACGAAAACAGCUACUUGAACGAAUUCGAGUACACCCCGACCCCCUUCAACCCCCGUCGCGUCAGCCGCUGCCGUCUUGAGAACCUUGUGAUUCUGGCCACGCUGAUUGUGAUGUUUGUAUUAUCGGUCUUUGCCCUCGUCACCCCGCUGUUCUACUACAGAUCUUCUACCGCCACCGUCCGCAUCAACAGCGUGAACUUCUGGGGCAGCGGGGGGGAGGGCGUACAGCAGCGCUACAAUGUCCACACAAUUUUCUGCGAAAACUAUGCCACCAAGUCGGAUGGGUACCUGGCUUUGUACAUCCUGCUUUUCCUCAUCGUCUGCGUCGGCUUCUUAUUGUCGUUGUUCCCCAUCAUCUGCGGCCGCGUGUUGAUCUGCACCUACCUCGUCCACACGCUGCUGAUUUUGUGUUGGUUCUUUCUUCUGGUUGCUAUGAUCUUGGGAGUGCUGAUGUACCGCGGAAAUUUGUGCCACAACACGUCGCUAAAGAACAUCGGCUUCCGCUACGGCCCAGCGUUCGGCUUGACGGCCGCCCUUUUCUCUCUCCUCUCCAUUACGAUGAUCUUCUUAGUCCUACGCGCCAUCAAGAAUCCGCUAUAG